AUGGGCGCGAAGGUGCAAGCGACCGACCCCGAUUGCGGCGUGAACGCAAUGGUGAAUUACACGCUGGCCGCAGGGAGAGUGGAGACGGAACAGCUGAUGGUCCGCAGCGACACUGGGGAAAUUUGCAUCAGGACACCCUUGGACAGAGAAACGGCGCCCUACCUGGAGAUCCCUGUCAUCGCCACCGACAGAGGUGGACUGUCCACCGUGGCCAUAGUGAGGGUCCAAGUGACGGACGUGAACGACAAUCGCCCAGUCUUCGAGCCUCGAAAGUACAACGUCACCCUGAAGAACGACAGUUCGAUACAGGGACCGAUCCUGAGGCUGGUGGCCACGGACUUGGACGCUGGGAUGUUCGGCCAAGUCGCCUAUCGAAUCACGAAUGGCAACGAGGCGGGAAUUUUCCACAUCGAUCACAACACCGGCGAGCUGCAAGUGGCCAGGCCCGGUUUGUUGUCUCGAACUCAUCUGCAUCAGCUGAACGUGACAGCGACGGACGUCCCUGGUCUCAAGAGCCUCAUGGACGCCGAAGUGAGGAUCACCAUAUCGUCACCUGGCCACAGGAUCGCUAGCUGCGAAAGACCACGGUACACCCUUACGGUUAAGGAAACUGUCUCUCCGAAUAGUUACGUUGGAGAGGUGAAGGACGCGGCUGGACCUUCGUUAUCAGGUGAACUGCCAACGAGAUUUUCUUUGGUAAUGGAAGAACAGGAUCUAACAAUGGACCCCAACACGGGAGUGCUUCGAAUACGGCAUCCGUUGGACAGGGAGACCCGUGACAAGUACAUUCUGAGCGUCAUGGCGCGCAACGGUGUCUCGGUGGGCUACUGUCAGGUGGAGCUGAACGUGGAGGAUGCGAACGACAAUCCCCCGAUGUUCCCAACGACCAGUGUGCGCAUCUCGGUGCCGGAGUCGCACCCCCUUCACACAGCCCUGUACGUGGCCCACGCGACCGAUCCUGACACUACUCCACCCCUGCCGAUACGCUACGACCUUCAUCAGAACAGCAACGACCUUGGUCAGAACAACAACGAUCUUGGUCAGAACAGCAACGACUCCGCUGUACUGUUCGGUAUAAACGCUGAAUCGGGGGAGCUCUAUUUAGCGAGAAGAUUGGAUUACGAGACCCAGCAGAGGCACGGGCUCCUGAUAAGGGCGCUGGACGGCGCUGGCCUCUCCGCGACUCUGAGCCUGAGCGUCGAGGUGCAGGACGUGAAUGACAACCCCCCAGUGUUCGAGAGGAACGAGUAUCACGUGGAGGUUCCCGAAGGCGCCAAGCUCGAUUCCGAAAUCCUUCAAGUGACCGCGGUGGACCUUGAUACGGGCAAUAACGCGAGGUUGAGUUACCGUCUUCAAGGAUCCUCCGCAUUCUGGAUCAACCCGAACACGGGCUGCAUCAAUCUGGCGCGGACUCUCGAUCGGGAGACCCUGGAUCGUCACGCCCUGACGGUUCUCGCGACCGACAACGGUUCGCCAGCCGCCACGGCGAGCGCGUCGGUCCUGGUGACGGUGCUGGACGACAACGACAACGACCCCAGGUUCGAGAAAGACUUCUACGGCUACGAGUUGCUGGAGAACCUGCCCUCGGGGACUCUGGUGGGAUCCGUGAGCGCGUCCGAUCCCGAUCUGGGGAAGAACGCGCUCCUCAGGUACGCGGUGGUCCAGGCCAACAGCAGCUUCACCGUCGACCCUGAUACAGGCGAGAUCACCACGAAGGAGCCUCUGGAUCGCGAGACGAAAAGCGUGCACGAGCUGGUGCUGGAGGCUCGCGAUCAGGGAACACCCGCCAGGGCGGCCAGGGUGCCCCUGAAGGUGACUGUGCUGGACGUGAACGACAACUCGCCGGAAAUCGUGGAUCCCCAAGGCGAUGUCGUCAGCGUCAGGGAGGAACAACCGCCAGGAACGGAAGUGGCGAGAGUCAGAGCCUUGGACACCGACCUUGGCGAAAAUGCCUCCGUAACCUAUACCAUUCUCAAAGACCGAGGCUCGGACGGUUACAACGUUUUCACCAUCGACCCGAUCACUGGCAUGAUCAGAACGAAGGCAGUUCUCGAUCACGAGGAGCGAAACGUGUACCGGGUGUCUGUAAAAGCCACCGACGCUGGACGACCACCCCGACACAGCGUUCGCGCGCUAAGUGUCGAGGUUUUAGCGCUCGCGGACAACCGACCGACUUUCACCAGCAGCAGUCUUACUUUCAACGUGCGCGAGGACGCGAGUAUCGGGCAAGCAGUGGGCUCGGUGUCGGGCGCUGGGCCCGCGGGUCGCGUGGCCUUCACCCUGGAUUCCCUGACGCCCAUCAGCGAGUUUCCAGCGUUCGACGUGGAUCGGAGCUCCGGCCAGUUGGUGGUCGCCCAUUCCCUCGAUCGCGAGAACGUCAGCGUCUACCACCUGGAGAUCCGCGCGUUGGACACCACGUCGAUCGGGAAUCCUCAAAGCAUAGCUGUCUCGGUGAAGAUCGUCAUCGAGGAUGCGAACGACAAUCCGCCACGGUGGCCUCAAGACCCCAUAACGGUCCGCGUGUCGGAGAGAGCCAUGAUAGGCUCCACCAUCUACAAUCUGACGGCCAGCGAUUUGGACAGCGGCUUGAACGGCGACCUUCGAUACGGGCUGGUUGCCGAGUUUCCAUCGCGUGGCAGUUUCGCAGUUGAUUCGCUGACCGGAGCUCUGACGUUGGCGAGGCCUCUGGACAGGGAGGAAAGGGCAGAGUACACUUUGAUCCUGAAGGCGUCCGAUCGCGCUCCACCUGGAGAGCAAUUAGCCUCGACCGUGACCGCGAGGAUCAUCGUUCUCGAUCAGAACGACAACGACCCGGUUUUCGUUGCGCCUGAGUCCACCACGGUCGCCGUCACGCCUGAUCUCAUGCCUGGAGCGACGCUCGUGAGAGUGGUCGCGGUGGAUAAAGACGCAGGUGACAAUGGCCGUGUAUCGUACGUGAUUACAUCGGCGAACGAGAAGGUGGGAUUCUCGGUGGGUUACGAGUCUGGCAUAGUGAGCCUGGAGAAGCCGAUGGUGAAGUCCACGGAACUCGAGAUUACGGCGAGCGAUCACGGUUCCCCGCCGAGAAAGUCCACUCUGAGGCUGACGCUGACGUUGGCUUCUGGCCAGACCAACGGACCUCCUCGGCUGCUGCUGUCCAACCCGGUAGCUAGAAUAUCAGAGGACCUGCAGGUUGGCUCCUCGGUCCUGAACGUCACCGGGCCUAUCAUCGCCGAUCAGGGUAACGUCAGCUUCAGCAUCCCUGCGAACGUGGCCUCGAACAAAUUCGCAAUUUCUCCGAGCGGUUUGGUGACUCUUCGCGGACCUUUGAACCGCGAAGAGGCCUCGCACUACUCGGUGCCGAUCUUCGCGAGGUCCAGCAAGCUGCUGGACAUCAGCACGCUCGAAGUUCUAGUCAUGGACGAGAACGACAACAGUCCCGAGUUCAGACCAGGCUCCUGUUACACGUUGAACGUUCCAGAGAACCAGGCAGCGUCUGUCAUCCACACCAUCGCGGCGACAGACCUCGACGAGGACAGGAAUGGAGAGGUUUAUUAUACCAUCGUAGGUGGCAACAUUGGGGCCAAAUUCAACCUGGAACCCGUAACUGGGAUGCUGUCGAUGUCCAACCUGGAUCGAGAGUCAGUUUCAAAGUAUGUCCUGACCAUAUCAGCGAAGGACAACGGACGUCCCAGUCUCGAAGCCCACUGCAACUUGACUGUGAUCGUCCUGGACGUCAACGACAACGCUCCUACUUUUAUUCAGAAUCAUUACACCGAGUCACGACCCCGCGCGACGCAUCAGGCCGGCGAUUACGCUAAUUUCGGUCUGUCCAGCGGGUUUCCGUACCCGGCAGCUAAUUACCCAACAAGUUACCAUUUGGGAAAAUACGCUGUGACGAUAUCCGAGGACAUGGCACCUGAUUCCAGCGUGAUGUCCGUGAAAGCGACGGAUCCCGAUCAAGGAGUGAACGGGAAGAUCACGUACGCCAUUGCUGAGGAGACCAACUGGCUGUUCAGGGUUGACAACCUGACGGGAGUCAUUACCACGGCUGGCCCCUUGGAUCGCGAAAGACAGAGCGUCUACAAUUUCUUGGUGGUAGCCACGGACAGCGGCAAGUACGACGCCAGGAGCACCUCGAUCCCCGUCGAGAUCCGCGUCAGCGACAUCAACGACAACGCCCCAGUUUUCUCGGAGUACCCAUUCCGUGCCAGGGUGUCGAUCGGUACGCAGACAGAAAAGAACAUCCUUAGAGUGGUGGCGACGGACGCUGACGAAGGUUCAAACGGAGAGAUCGUCUACUCCUUCCCGCAGGACCAGGACAAGCUCAAGUUCAGAAUUCAUCCGAACACGGGCGUCGUUACGGCGGCGUUGUCCCUGUCGCAAGACAACGGCAAGACCUACCACUUGGAGGUCCUGGCCACAGACAAGGGGAUCCCUCCUAAAAGCGCAAAGGGCCUGAUCGAGCUGCAGGUCGGAGAUUUGAUCGACCUGGUGCCCGUGCUGAAGUUUCAGAACGAGACGUACGAAGUCGUCAUCCAAGAAAACUCCGCUGCAGGCACGGAAGUGGUCCAGGUCACAGCUGUUCGGUCGGAUGGCAGACGACACCACGUUUCCUACUCUCUGGGGUCCGGAAACGAUUUUGGCACGUUCAUCAUCGACAAAGAUACUGGCCUGUUGCGCGUUAACGAUCCUGCGAGAUUGGACGCUGAACUGUGGACCGAUAUGAGGGUGAAACCUGUGGAUGAGCAAACGGCGGAUGGACACGCGAAUACCUGGGGAAGGUCCUUGGAAGGCCAGCUGUCCAAAGAGGAGCCCAGGGAGAGCUCGAAGCACGUCCUCACUGUGGUGGCCAGGACAUCCGGGACAGAUCCUUUGGAGGCUUACGUCAAAGUGGUCGUCAGGGUGUCCGACGUGAACGACAAUCCGCCUGUGUUUACUCAGACGCAGUACUCGGCGACUGUCCUGGAAGGAAACGUCAAGGGAGACUUUGUUGUCAAGCUAUCGGCCAGCGACGCUGAUCAGGGAAUGAACGGCAGGAUCCUCUACCACAUCGUCGACGGAAACCCAGACAACGCGUUCACCAUAAGCCCACCCUAUAGCGGAGUAGUGCGGACUAACAUCGUUCUGGAUCGCGAGAUUCGCGAAAAGUACAGGCUAACGAUCAUAGCGACGGAUCAGGGGAAUCCCCAGCUGACUGGCACCGCAGCCCUCAGCGUCAGAGUGAUCGACAUCAACGAUAAUCAGCCCACGUUUCCGGAACACAGUAUCAUCUCCGUCUCCGAAGCUACACCUGUUGGCACAGUGCUGAAGACUAUUACUGCGAACGACGUGGAUAGUUCUCCAGCUCUGACCUAUCAAUUCGGGAGCGUGACCAAUCCAGGCCCCUUCAGCAUCGAUCGUUUCGGCGGCAAGGUCGUUCUUCGCAGACGUCUCGACGCCGAGACCCGAUCGGAGUACAGCCUCCAAGUGAUCGCCAGCGAUGGCAUCCACGAGGCGACCACGGACCUGAUAGUCCGCGUCACGGAUCUCAACGACAACGCGCCGCGGUUCCAGCAGUCGGCGUACAUCGCCACCCUGCCAGAGGGACACGGAGAGCUGCAAGAAAUCCUGACGGUGAACGCGACCGACGACGACCUCACGGAGGACAACAGCCGCGUGCGAUACUAUCUCCUGAAAGCUACCAAGGGCUUCUCUGUGCAUCCUGUGACCGGUGUCCUGACGGUUAAUCGUACAGCGAUACCAAGACCACUGCCCAAAGAGGUGGAGCUGGUCGUCGUGGCCGAAGAUUAUGGCAAACCACCAGCGUCGUCCGUGUGCUCGGUCGUGGUGCGACUGAGCAGCCUGAAGAGCUCCCUGCCUGGCAAGGAGUACAGGAUAACGACGAAGGAAAAUUCAUUGAGGGGUACCACUCUAAUGAGACUGUCCGACGUGGACCUAUUGGACGGUAGCAUCGUUGCAGGCGACGACAGCGGAACGUUCGAAGUGUCCAGGGGCAAAUUGAUCCUCUCCAAAACACUCGACAGGGAAACGAGGGACAGAUACGUUUUGAGACUGGGCUCCAAGAACGAAAACAUGACAACAGGUUCCCUGGUGGGAGACGAACCAGUAACGGUGAUCGUCACCGUGGAUGACGUGAACGACAACUACCCUCGCUUCCUCCAGGAACUUCACCAAGUAUCGAUCAAAGAAAACGCAGUCCGCGGGACCACAGUGGCGACCUUACGCGCCAAGGACGACGACCUCGCUGGAAGUCCUGCCGCGAGUCUGGUAUACGAAAUUACAUCUGGAAACGACGGUGGCCUCUUUCGGGUGGAGAAGACCACGGGUACUGUGUUGGUGAACGCGACCCUGGAUUGCGACCUGGAGCCAGAGAUUUACAAUCUCGUGGUCAUGGCCUGCGACAGCGAUGCUGUUUCUCCUCUGUGCGCGCUGGCGAGGCUUCGAAUCCGUCUGGAAGACGUCAACGACAACUCUCCCAAGUUCCCUGUCUCUGAAUACUUAGAGUUCGUCGGCGAGAACGAACCUAUCAGGACUACCGUUUUCUCAGCUAGAGCGUCUGACCUGGAUCGUGGUAUCUUUGGAUCAUUGAACUACUCGAUCGUGUCAGCAGCUGCGACUGGAUUCUCGGACAUCGACGACAGCUGGAAGCUGUUCGCGGUGGACGCGAAAUCAGGUACUGUGACGACUCGGGCUGUCUUCGACUACGAGCUGAGGAAUCGAUACGCCUUCACGUUGCGAGCCACGGAUACGGGAGGUCGAACCGCAGCCGUGAGGGUGAGAGUGGAGAUCGAGUCCAGGGACGAGUUCUAUCCUCAGUUUACCGAGAGGAUGUACAGAUUCGGAAUCAGAAGCGGCACUCGGGUGGUCCCUGGUACUGUGAUAGGCCACGUGACGGCCACGGAUCGCGACAAAGGACCAGACGGUCGGGUGGUGUAUCAGCUGACCUCGCAGCAUCCUUACAUCAAGCUGAACAGGACUACUGGAGCGUUGAUCGUGAAGGAGAAGCUGAUGCACAUCGACUUGGACGUGGAGGAGUCGUCGAAAUUAUUCGUCAGCGCCAGCUCUGGCAGACAAGGCUCUCUAUCGAACAUGACCAUGGUGGAGAUCACUCUGGCGGAGGACAACGACAUCAACGAGGCCAGAGGAGCCACGGCGCUAGCAACCCCAACGGACGGUGGCUCCAACAUGGCCGUCGCGGCUGGUGGAGGUCUCGCAGACUGGGCGUUGGGCUUACUGAUCGCUCUUCUUCUUCUAGUUGUUGCUUUUGGCGCCAUUUUCCUGUAUCUCCAUUUUCGCAACCGAAGACACAAGAAACCAGGUACGAAACCAGGCCUGAAUGGAGAGAGCAACGCCACCGCAUCCAACAGCUACGUGGAUCCCAGCGCGUUCGACACCAUUCCUAUCAGAAACGUGGGCGGAGUAGGCGCAGCCGGGAAUGUAGGCUCAGGAAAUGGUAACGGCGGAAACGGUGGCGCGUCUUGUCAAUUCGCGCCCCCAAAGUACGACGAGAUACCACCUUACGGUACCUCUGGUCAAUCUGGACAACAGCAAGCCACUUCUGAAUUAUCUGGCAGCGAUCAGUCCGGAUCUUCCGGCAGAGGUUCGGCAGAGGACGACGGAGAGGACGAGGAAAUCCGAAUGAUCAACGAGGGCCAACAGACUGGGGACUCUGCGAGCGAUCUAUCGGUGCAUAAUACUCAGGAGUACUUGGCCAGGUUGGGGAUCGUCGAUCCUCCUGCUGGCACGCCUCGCAGGCCGCCAGAAGCACUGCCUCUCGACAGCCUGCACCUGUUCGAGGACGAAACUGCCACCGAGGCAGAUAUCGCCACUCUGAUUUAUGGGAAGAUAGGCGAGCCUGGAAGGCCGAUGUCGGGCCUGGAGGUGCCUGGAGGUCCGUCGAUGAACGGUUCCUUGAGCUCCAUCGUUCACAGCGAGGAGGAGCUCACUGGAUCGUACAACUGGGACUAUCUUCUCGACUGGGGUCCUCACUAUCAACCUCUGGCCCACGUGUUCAGCGAGAUCGCGAGGCUGAAGGACGAUGCAGCCAGCGUUCAGAGCGGAAACUCUGGGAGCAGCGGCAAGACCAAGUCUGUACAUAAAGCUCCACCCCCGCCGUUGUUGACUUCCGUUGCUCCCAGGUCGCUGGCUGCCCCGGCCUUGGCCAGAGGCAUUCUUCCUAGGUCACCGAUCAGUCACGACGCUUCCACGUUUCCCUCGGCGGCCCUGAGUCCCAGCUUCUCUCCGUCCCUCUCUCCUCUCGCCACCAGGAGUCCCAGCAUCAGUCCUCUGGUACCACCAGCCACGCAGAGGUCCAGUCAAAGCGCCAACAGAGGGAUACCAGUUACCGACGCCGAGUUGAGGAUCUGAGGGCUCCUCCGAAUCGUCGUUGAAUGUCUAGCUGGGGGGUGCUGGUACCGCAGGAAUGGGCAGGAUGCACUUCGAAAUAUAUACGUCGCUAAUUUGUAUUCUGCUUGCGGUCGGAUGGUUAGCGCACAACCUAAAUCAAUUAUGUAUAUAUUCGUCGGUGAAUAUAAGUAUUCUUUGCUGAAUACUAAGCAAUUCGACGCAUCAUUGAGUACAAGUUACGGAUGUAUUUAAUAUUCGACGGGUCGAGUGGUAUUUCAGGGCCACUCGAACGUGCCCAUCCCUGAUUCAGGGCUGCCUAGACGAUUGAAAUUAGACGCGAGAGACACUUUAGUAAACCGUAUCGAUCGCGGAGUGCGUAGACUCGAGCUAAUCGUGUGAUUCCAGUGUGCAGUGUAUAAAAUAGAGACUCUAAGUUGACUGACCUUCGACGGAAUCGUCGUCGGCGCCAAGGUGCAAAUUUCUUUUUAUCCCCCUCGUGAUAUAUACAUAUAUAUACGUAUACAUAGGCGAGCGCCUCGUUUUCGCGCUUAUCGAUCAUUGUAGAUAUAAUCCCAUUCGCGUGGAAUACGCGCAGUGUACUUAAGCCCGUUAACGACGAAAAGGAGGCGAUCGCGCGACGACGUUGUCUCAGAUUUUUGUACGAUACGACUGUUUUACUUGCCGCUUCGAUCGUCGAGCCGAUCGACGGAUGAAAGAAUACUCGAAAUGUAAAUAAUUAAGUAACCGGUGUACAUAAUACUCUCUAACGAACGGAGAAAGCGACGAUAACGUUUCGCCUUUUUGUAAUCAAAAAGAUAGACUGUUUUACGCGAACGAAACGAGACGUAAGCGCCACGCUGGUCGAGACGCGCGGAUUGUACAGUGAUCUAAUUCUUUUUUUUUUUUUUUGUAUUCUUCGAGGAAUCGAGACGGAUCGAUCCACCGCCCGGUAAACGUUUCCUCGA